AUGGAAAUUACAAACUCCAAUGUCUCCGACAUUCAAAUUCCGCCGGAAAACCAACCCGACGCCGGCGCCAAAAUAGCGCAAUCCGUGAACAAACUCAACGAAUUGUCGAUUUUCAUACAAGCUUUCAAAAACAGAUAUGACGAACUGCAAAAGCAUCUUGAUUUCAUCGACCAAGCCAUCUCCACAAGGAUCAGUGAACUCGAAGCCCUAGGCGCUACCGCCGCCGCAGAAGCAGUCAUUGUUCAAUCGGAAUCGAAAUUGGAAUCAAAGACCGAUGACAAAGGAGCCGAACAACAACAAUCAGAAGAAGAUCCAGAAGAAGAGCCAGAAGAGGAAAAAGCAAAAGAAGAGGAAAAAAAGGAAGAAAAGGAAGAAGGUGAUGAGUUUGUCUUGCUUUGCAAAACUAUGAAUAACCGUGGUUUGCGUAGGUAUAUUCUCACGCAUCUCUCUGAAACGGCGUUGCUCAAGGAACAAAUCCCUGCGGCUCUGAAAGUCGCGCAGAACCCGGCGAAAUUGGUGUUUGAAUGUAUUGGAAGAUUUUACCUUCAGGGAAGCAAAGCUUAUACUGUAAACUCGCCGAUGAUUACGGCAAGGCGAGCUUCGGUUUUGGUUUUGGAAUACUAUCUGAUAUCUGGUUGUGUUGUAAGUGAAGCACAAAUGGAACGUUCACUGAAGGAAGAAGCUGAAGCUGCAGCGGUUGCAUGGAGGAAGAGACUCAUUGUUGAAGGUGGUGUGGGUGCUGCCGGUGAAAUGGAUGCAAGGGGUUUGAUUCUUUUCCUUGCGUGUUUUGGGAUUCCUGGUAUUUUUAGGAAUGAGGAUAUUGCAAAUUUGGUUCGAUUGAGCAAACCUUGGGAAAUCUCGCAUGCUCUUCGUAAUUCUAAGAAACUUGUUGGCAGAGUUUCGGAUAUUGCAGAGGGAAUGAUGAAAAGGGGCAAGGUUGUUGAAGCUAUUGAAUUGGCUUAUACCUUUGGGUUUGAAGAGAAAUUUUCUCCCCAGACAGCACUAACUUCAUUUCUGCAAAAGUCUAAUGAAGCUUGGAAGAAAGCAAAAGAAGCACGCGAUGAUCCUAGUUUGCUGAAGAAAACAAAUGAAAAAUACUUGACUGCUUUGAAAUCCGUAAACUGUUUGGAAGGUUUCAAGGUUGACAUUGCAAAACUUCUUCCAGAGUGGAAACUUAAGGAUACAAUUCUCCAACUGGAGAAAGAUAUUAGUGAUGUCGCUAAAAAAGUUGAAGACAAUUCAGGGCCCAAGAGAAAAUUGGAUAAAAGCAGUACUUCAAUGAAAGUGAAAGGCCCAGACACAAAACGAACAAGGUACAAUGUGAGAGAUCCUUUUGUAGCAUCGCCUUCGGUCACUACCUUGCAAGGGCAAAGGAUUGCUAGUCUUAUUGAUGGUAAUAGCUCAUAUGAUAAUUCAUUAACCGCACAUUAUCUGGAGGGUAGAUCCUAUGGCUACCCAAAUCCUUAUUCCAUUGCAGCAUCUGCACAAAUUGGAUCUGUUUCAGGGUCGUUGCCAGAAGGUUAUAUUGGAAGGGGAGUGUCAAUUGACAAUGUUGGGGCAACGCGGAAUAUCAACAGCUCUCUGUAUAGUAGAUUGCAUAGUAUAGAUGAAGGGGUAUUAUCUUACAAUAGGUCAGUCGAGCAGAGUUUUGCAGGACAACCUUCAUCAGCGCAAGCAGAUCAUUUGUAUGGGAGAGUAUCUGCUGAAGGUUAUCCAGGUUUGCUGGACCAUCAUUCUAUAGGUGCUCCUAGUCGCGGCGGAGGCUCUGAUUUGUAUAGUUUUGCUGAUUCUGUAUUUGAUUUGUAG